AUGGCAGGAAAUACCGAGGAGUUGUGCCAGGCGGUGCUGGGCUUUGUCACCGAAGGGACCUAUCCCGAGGAGAGUGUAGUUGCUGGUAACUUCCCGGCAGCUGCUCUCGCCAGGGAGCUCGAGCUUAUAUCGAAGGCACGUGAGCAGGUAGAGAAUGAGAUUAGCUCCUUGAGUCGCGAGAACACCUUCGAUGCCGACGACUGGAUUAUCCAAGCGAAACAACUUCACGCCGACAUAGAACGCUCAAGAUUAACUGCGCGAGAAAUAGUCGCGCAGCAUGAGCAUACCGAACCCCUGCAGGCGAAAGUUGAAGAUGCGAGAGCGAAAGUCACCUUGGUUGAGACGGAGAUUGCCUUCAAUCAGGCCGUAGCGGAUACCCUAGAGGAGGUGCACCGCUUGUGCCAGCAGCUGGAAACAGGGCGAGCUGCUCUCAGAAGUGGCCAGAUCACCACCGCCAUUGAACAAUUGGAGUCUACCGACGCAGCUGUUGGAAAGGAUGCCUUCUUUACGAAUACAAAUGUGAUGGGUAUACUCUCCGAUGAGGUGUCACUGUUACGAUCGGAGAUUGUUGAGGCCCUUCUUUCGCGCUGGGCUGAUCAAUUGAAAGUUGACCGACAACAAGGCGAAUUCCAUGUCUCUAGCGGAGAUGCAGAUGCCGGUUCUAUUGAGAGCACUAUUACGUCGCUGGCCCGACUAGAUAUACUCACAUCCUCCAUCGAGAAACUGCAAAGGGACCUCUUUUCGGCGAUCGUAAAUCCGAUCUUGCUACCUCACCCUAAUGGAACUAGCCAUGGUGUGGUGGUGACGGAGACUAGCAUUCGCAUUGAGCCUGAGGCCUCAAAGGCGACCGCACUGGAGACCUUGGAUCGCCUUUCCAGCGUUUUGGGCUACUUGCGACAAAAUCUACCGUCAUCGGUGUCCGCGACUUUCUCCGAAUCAUUCAUUGCGAUUAUUUCCUCAAAGGCAAUCUGCGAGUGGCUGUCCCCUGCUAUUCCCACCGAUCUAGGUGGCCUCGCCGAGUUUGAGAAUAUCCUGAGUCAUGUUUCACAGUUCACCCAGCAGAUAGAGUCGUGGGGUUGGACUGGCCAAGAAGAACUCGUCUCGUGGGUCAACCAAGCUCCACGCCUGUGGUUGACUCGGCGUAGAGUCGACUCGCUCGAUAGCGUCCGCAAAGUCCUUGCCGCCAGUCAGGGAACAACGAAACAGGUCGAACGAAUUGAAAGAGGAAAGGUUUCACAAGCUGAAGGUGCUUUAUUGGAGAAUGCCGGCAAUGAGGACUGGGACGCCCACUGGGAUGACGAUAAAGAAGAUGAGCCCAAGAAAGCAGAAACAGCAAAGCCUGAUGAAGAAGAGGAAGAUGUUAGUGCGUGGGGUCUAGAUGACGAGGACGUCGAGGAGACUCCCGAUGCCAAACCAGAAGCAGCUGCUUCUGCGGAAGAUGAUGACGAUGAUGCCUGGGGCUGGGGGGAUGAGGAUGAAGAUGACCAUAAAGUUGAUAAUAAGCCUUCGGAGCCCCAGAAAACAUCAUCGACAAACGCAACCGACACGAAGAAUACAACUCAAUUUGUAUCACCAAAGGAAGUUACCCUGAAGGAAGUCUUCACAAUCACCGAUAUCCCAGAGUCUGUUCUUAAGGUCGUUCAGCAGCAAAUCACCGAUUCGAAGGAUAUUUCGCAGCCUGCCUACGCCAAUUCCCGCGUCGCUUCUUCUGGUGCUGGUCUUCUUGCAUUGCCAACCUUGAUCCUGGCUAUGUUCAAAGCUACAUCAUCCACAUUCUACUCGCUGAAACUCACUUCAGGGCAGAUGUACCUUUAUAAUGAUAGUCUGUACCUUGCCGAUGAGAUCCGGAAACUAGUCGAAGAACAUGCACUCUCCAAACUCCAGCCCGACGUUGAAGCUUUGGAGAAAUUCGGCAAACUUGCGUAUAGCAAAGAGAUGCAGACGCAACGCACUAUCGUCACAGAUCUGCUUGACGGAGCCCAAGGAUUUGGACAAUGCUCCGAGCAGCCAUUCCAGGCAGACUGUGAGAAUUCUGUUAGCGCAACCGUCGACCGAAUUCGCGACGUUUACAAGGAAUGGCAACCCAUACUGUCUCAUUCCGCGCUGCUCCAAUCAGUUGGAUCGCUCUUAUCUACUGUGAUCAACAAGGUAGUCAUCGAUAUCGAAGAUUUGGGUGAUAUCUCGGAGGAUCAGUCACGGCAACUGGUCUCCUUCUGUAACCAACUCUCAAAAUUGGAGGACCUGUUCAUGCGUGAGACAGAUGGUGAUGCCGAGGCAAUACCCGUCACUGCCAUCUACGUUUCAAGCUGGCUGCGUUUCCAAUAUAUGAUCAAUAUUCUAGAGAGCUCCCUCGCCGAUAUCAAAUUCCUUUGGCUCGAAGGAGAGUUGGGCUUAGAGUUCUCUGCUGACGAAGUGAUUGACCUGAUCGAGGCCUUGUUCGCAGAGUCUGAUCACCGGCGACGUGCUAUUGCAGAGAUUCGAAGAGCGCCUAGAUGA